AUGGCUUCUCCUACAUCCUUUACAGGGAUCUCCGAACCCUUCGCUAUUUUGACACCCAGACUCGUCGUCGUUCCCACGCCAAUCGCAGUCCACAUAGCCUCUUAUCGAGCGCUCUACGCCAAAUUACAUGCCGAUGUCGAAUUCUGCCGGAUGGGUUUCGGUGAGAGCUUCCCCGCCAGGAACUGGAAUGACGAUGAAACGCGUGAGAUGAUUGAGACGCGUGACAUUGUGCGCUCGUGGCAGAGGCAUGGCCUGGGGGAUUUUGCUGUAGGGCUUCGUCCACAGCUGGCGCCUGGAGGCCCCGAUGCAAAUUCUCAGCAGCACUCUUCUCUUACUGCGUCAAUUCUCCCGGGAGAUGAGUUCGACCGUUUUGCAGGUCCAGGUUUAACACUCCUGGAUGAGAUACAAUGGGUGGGAUACUCGGGAGUCCGUGAUGCAACGACAACAUCGCUUCCACCACAGGAAGCAGGGGAUGCGCCCUAUCCGCACUGGCUAGAAAUGGUUGAAAUUCGGUACGGAGUCUCGCCCACAUUUUGGGGGAAAGGCAUUGCCCAAGAAGCAUCGGAUGCGAUUAUGCAUUGGGCGAUUCGUGAAAAGGGAGUGAAGAGGUUUAUUGCUGAGACAGAACGAGACAACCAACGGAGUGGCCGGCUACUGCAAAAGCUUGGGUUUGUCCACAGCGCCACGAACUAUUGGAAGGAGCGCCACGAAGUGGAGUGGGAGCUGCUUGUCGGAAAAGAAUGA